UCCACGUCUGUUUAGACUGAGCUCCGCCUCUACGGGCAAGUAAUGUCCGUCUGUCAUUGUAGAUAAGGCUGCUGUAUCAACUCAAGGUGCUGUGGGGCAGCAUGUUGUGGUGACUGCAUGAGUCAGUUGUAGGCUACGCUAUUUCGUUUUGCUCAGUCAAAUCAACCAGGCUGUAACUUAGCUUCAAGUGCAUAUUGCAUCUGGAAACUGUUUUGAGGUAUGGACGUCAUUUUGCGGGAUACUCAGGUAACUGAGACGCAACGCUAUCGCCACGGUAACCAGACGCUUACACAGACAAGCAAGGAACGGCCGGCGCUGCUGACUGAUAUCAAAGUCGACAUCAGAACUGAGCCCUUGACCGAGCGAUACAGUCUCACACCAGGCAAGGAGUUGGGCAGAGGGAAGUUUGGCGUUGUGAGAAGGUGUGUGGAGAAGCACACUGGGACGGAAUUCGCCGCCAAGUUCGUGAGGAAGAGGAGAAGGGGCCAAGACUGCCGCAGGGAGGUGAUCCACGAGGUCAGCAUGCUGGAGCUGACCAGCUCCUGCUCCAGGGUCAUCAACCUGCACGAGGUUUACGAAACGCCCAGCGAGAUGGUGCUACUGCUGGAGUAUGCAUCGGGAGGGGACCUCUUUGAGCAGUGUGUGGCGGAGCACACCGGGGCCUUCUCUCAGGAGGAGGUGAAGGUGCUGAUGAGGCAGAUCCUGGAGGGCGUGGGGUUCCUCCACAGUAACAAUAUCGUCCACCUUGACCUCAAGCCUCAGAACCUCCUGCUGACCAGCACCAACCCUCUGGGUGACAUUAAGAUCGUGGACUUUGGGCUGUCACGGGUGGUGAGGGAGAACCAGGAGCUCAGAGAGAUCAUGGGCACCCCGGAGUAUGUGGCUCCUGAAACUCUGAAUUAUGAGCCCAUAACCACUGCCACUGACAUGUGGAGUAUUGGCGUGCUGACGUACGUUAUGUUGACUGGUAUCUCUCCCUUCCUGGGCGAGGACAAGCAGGAGACUUUCCUGAACAUCUCCCAGGUCAACGUCUCCUACACCGAGGAAGAGCUGGAGGCUCUGGACCCCUCUGCCAUCUGCUUCAUUCAGGCUGUCUUGCUCAAAGACCCACGGGCUCGCCUCUCUGCUGAGGAGUGUCUGAGACAUGAGUGGCUCAGGGGGCCCGAGUGGCAGCCGCACACCAGAAAAGAAACCUGCAUCGGGGAAGAGGACCCGCCGCACACCCCUGACAAAGAUCCAGGGGUGGAGGAGCUGAUAGUGAUGACAGCAUACACAUUGGGACAGUGCAGACAUUCGGACUCAGAGGCCUUUAGCCAAGAGCAGAACCCAACAGCUACCUGCUUUAGGUUUGGGGAGCCAUUUCACAACAUGCAAAAAGUUAUUUACUGAGGGAAAAAGUUUAAGUUUAUAAUGUUGUUAUUAAGACCAAGUCAUUCAUUUCUCAUGUGAUAUUUGUACCUCAUGUUAGUUUUUGAAAGUCAC